GCCACACACCACUGCAGCAGCAGGAGAGUGUAGGUAAUGUCGGAAAUAAACAUCGAAACCGAAUCUGCAGACGAAGAUAAGCCUGCCAUGCGUUCAUCCUAAGAUGAUUUAUGGUGUGAAUAGGCACCGGUGGGUUGAUGACCAGCCAUAAAACUCGAGGAGAGAUGGAGAAACAAAGGGAGGAGUAAAAGAGAGAGAGUGAAAUGGCGGUAGAUAAAGACGGGGCCAUGAGCUCUGCACCGCCGUACGACUCUCUGCCAGCUCGGCAGAGUCCUUGCCGUGCGAAGGAUUGGGAACGAGAGUUACACGGCAAUCAGAGACUUUCUUCUCCGCCCCGACCUGCACUUCCUUCAGUUUCCAGACGACCCUCAGCGCUGCCUGGUUAUCUGCUGUCACCUUCCAGAGAGUAUAACGAUCAGCAGCAGCGUCUUUCGUUAUCGCUGUGUUCGGAGGCCUCUCUGGCGCCCCCUGUGCCUGCGAUUGGUACUGCACCGCCGUGCUGUCGUGCGGUGGGAGUCAUGCCCUUGCUGCGCCUCGCACUCCUCAUUUUCAGCUUCCUCUUUUGGGCAGCAGGCCUUGCGAUUUUCACUCUGGGCGUAUGGGCGCAUGCUUCGCUAUCCGACUACAUGCUAUUGUCGGCAAACCGCUACCCUAACGCUCCUAUUAUAUUGUUAGGCACAGGUGCUGCCGUGACCACUUGGGGCUUUUUAGGAUGCUUGGGAGUUGCCGCUAAUCUUCCGUACCUUCUUCGAGCGUAUGGCUUGUUUCAGUUUGUAACGCUCAUGGGUGGACUAGCAGCAGGUCUUUCGGGGCUCUUCUAUAGAGAGGAUAUUGCCGAAGGUUUUCGUAGCGGACUUCAGAGAGCCGUAUUGGACUAUGGUGAAGAUGAGGGUCGUGCAGAUGCACUCGACAGCCUGCAGAGGGCGCUAAAGUGCUGUGGCGCUGAGAGUUGGCGCGAUUGGCUAAUUUCUGAUUGGGCUGUUCAAGAUUUUGGAAUUGUGGGAAAUGAAACGUCCGUUGUGUCAUUACCAGACAGCUGCUGUAUGAAACGCAAAGGCUGCCGCAACAGACCUUUACCCGAAUAUAUUGACGCAGAUAUUGAGCUAGCCGGGAUUCACGGUCAUGGUUGUUUCCGCAAGGUUUUCAGCUUGGUUAAUGAUAAUGUUUUUCACAUUGCAGCAACGGUCUUGGGUCUUGCAUUCACCCAGGUGGCAGGUAUAGCUCUUGCAUGUUUGCUUGCCAAUCGUCUUACACCCAGACCGCGAAGACAAGCGCGCUGAUAUUGAAAAAAAAAAAAAAAGCAUGGUGAAUUUCCUUUGCCUGGACUUUCGUAUUACCAGCUACAUUUUAUGGACAAAUAAACAUCCCCAAAUGUGUCGUAAACAUUUGAACGAUGUGAACAUUUGAGUAGACUAGAGCGUAACUUCAAAUAUUUGUGCAUUGGGUAUAUUUAACUUGCAUGACUCUGAAUGACUUGUGUUUUUGUCCAUUAGAUAUCUAAAGUAAAACAAAACAUAAAGAGUGGUGUCAGUAGAUUAGUUAAAGGUAAUCCUUUGAUAUGUUCAGAAAUGUUCUGAAAUAUUAUAUUAUGUAUAAAACAGCCAUCAACACCAUUGUUUCAUAUGUAUUCUGUAAAUAGUUUUUAUUAAUGGUCCAUUAGAAGUUGUAGUGCAUGUUGUUUUAUUCAUUGUAACACAUCUAAAGCAACUCUUUUGAUCUUGAAUGCUUCACUGGAAGGUAACUGUUUAUUGAUUAAUUAUUAAAUAAAACAUAGGAGAAAGACAGAAAUAUAUUUUAUUCCUAAAAAUUAAUGUUUAAUCAAAUUAUGAGGCUCAAUGCAUGACAAAGAGCACAAUGUUGUUGCAUUAAACCCAAUUAUUUUGGGGACACUUUAUUCAGUGUGAUUAUUCAUCAUUUUAAACCCAUUUCAUGUAAUGUUCUGAAACAAACAAGAUAAUAAAAAUAUGUUUAUUAUAUAUUUAUGAUUCAUAAAAUGUGAAAAUAAUAAACAUAUACAGCCAAAAUAAUAUUAAUAACGUGCAUACAUAAUCUAUGUGACAGGCCUCUUGUAUAGUUGACUGUGACGAAUGUGUUGUUUUGUCUGUUAUUUGCUUGUUUGUUUUCUCAAAUUGCUGGUUGUCUUGCAUUUUAUAAAUCACCAAGGACCAUAUUUUCAGCAAAAAAAAUCUGUAUUGUGCUAUUGAAGAAAAAGGAUACCUACUGUAUGUUGGAUGUU